AUGGCUGUUAGGCAGAGAGCAGUAACAACGCUUCCAAACCUCAUACGCAAUCUCCGCAACGAACAACCUUUCAAGCUCAAGCCUCCUCACAAUCCCUUGCCCUCUCUCCGACGCGCUUUCUCUCUCUACGAUCAGAUCAAUCUCAUUGACAAUGUCCCCGAAGACCAACUCCGAUUCCAAGGGUUUAAUGAUACUGGGUUUACUGUAAAUGGUGUUGAGUAUGAAGGAAGUUUACUUUGUGUUGGAAAUUUGAUCAUGUCUUGGAAACCACAGAAAUUUUCAGAGAUCACUGCUGAUAGCUUGUCACUCUUUCAAAUUGUCCGCCCUAUUCCAGAGAUUCUGAUUGUUGGCUGUGGAAGGAACAUUCAACAUGUUGAUCCUGAACUUAGACGGUUUAUCCGAUCUACUGGCAUGAAGUUAGAAGCUGUUGACUCGAGAAACGCGGCAUCAACGUACAACAUACUGAAUGAAGAAGGUCGAAUUGUGGCUGCUGCUCUUCUUCCAUAUGGAGUUUCUUCAUGA